AUCUGUCAAAUGUUUUUUUUGUUAACUAAACUUUUGGUGCGUCUCCGAUCUCUGCCAUCGUCGUCAGCUCACGAGAUCACUUCCUCAGUUCACAGAUCCGGCCACCGGUUUCUUCCACCAACGUUCCGGGUUUAAGACCGAGUCAAAGUAAGACAUUGGGAGUGGGAAUCUAUCGUUGGCGGAAUGAAUUACAUUUUAGGAGCUUUCAAGCCGUCUUGUAAUAUUUCAAUCACACUUAAUGAUGCCAAAACUCGCAAGCAGGUUCCGUUGAAGAAGGAAAACAGUCAGACAGCAAUGGUCCCCCUUUUCCAAAGUCGAGAAAGCAUUGCUGGGAAGAUUUCCGUAGAACCAGUGCAAGGGAAGAAGGUUGAACAUAAUGGUAUUAAAAUAGAACUCCUCGGUCAGAUUGAAAUUUAUUUUGACAGAGGCAACUUUUAUGAUUUCACCUCUCUUGUUCGUGAACUGGAUGUUCCUGGUGAAAUAUAUGAAAGGAAAACAUUUCCUUUUGAAUUUUCCACGGUUGAAAUGCCGUAUGAGACAUACAAUGGUGUGAAUGUGCGACUUAGGUAUGUUCUGAAGGUAACAAUCAGUCGGGGAUAUGCUGGUAGCAUAACAGAAUACCAAGAUUUUGUGGUUCGCAACUAUAGUCCAGCUCCAUCAAUCAACAACAGCAUCAAGAUGGAAGUUGGAAUAGAAGACUGUCUUCAUAUCGAGUUUGAGUAUAACAAGAGCAAGUAUCAUUUGAAGGAUGUAAUCAUCGGGAAGAUAUAUUUUCUUCUUGUUAGAAUCAAGUUAAAGAAUAUGGAUCUCGAGAUCAGAAGACGAGAAUCUACUGGUUCUGGGGCCAACACCCAUGUAGAGACAGAGACACUAGCAAAAUUCGAGUUGAUGGACGGUGCUCCUGUCAGAGGUGAAUCUAUACCAAUCAGGCUGUUCCUGAGCCCAUACGAACUGACCCCCACACAUCGCAAUAUUAACAACAAAUUUAGCGUCAAGUAUUAUUUGAAUCUGGUACUUGUUGAUGAAGAAGAUCGCAGGUACUUUAAGCAGCAGGAAAUCACAAUAUAUCGGACUUCAGAUACUUGUUCCUGAUUCACCAAACCGAAAACUCUACCAGCAGCACUGGCUUCUUUUAGACCGCAUAUCAUUUUGUAUAGGAUGUGAGGUAAGUCAUGUAACAUAGGAUUUGGAAUUGCAGGUUUUAGUUGUGGGAGGGAACUCAAAAGCUUCACAAAUAAUGAAAACUACUGUCAUUUCACGUUUCAUUUUGACUCUUCAUGUUAUACAAAGAGUGAUGGUAACCUUAAUUUUGACUC